AUGGCCAUGCAGUUCUACAAUGUCUUCGAAUAUGCCAUAGUGCGCGACCAGCUCAUCGCCAACACGGUGCUGGUGGCCGUGAGCACAUUGGCGAUCGUGCUGCGCUUCGUCUCGCGGCGAAUCCGACGCAGCAAGAUCUGGUGGGACGAUGUCUGUAUCGUCGGGUCGAUGCUCAACACUUAUGGUAUGCUAGCGAUGCACUACCACUAUGCACGCGUGGGAAUGCGCCACCACAUCACCGCCAUUCCCGCCGAGAACGCCAUUCUCAUCUUCAAAAUGCUUAUCGUCUACCAAAUCAUCUACUACAACUGCAUGGUCCUCGCCAAAUUCUCCUAUCUCUUCUUCUACCUUCGCAUCUUCGUCACGCGCGGGUUCCGCAUCGCCGCGCGGGUGUGCAUGGGCUGUGCAGCGGCCUACUGGGUGGGCAGCAUGCUCCAAAUUUUCCUGAUCUGCCAGCCCUUUGAGAAGAACUGGAACUCGACGCUCCCCGGUCACUGCGCGAGCAUGAACGUGGCAUUCUCGACGAUUGGCGCUUUCAAUCUCGUCACCGAUCUGGUCAUCAUGGCCCUGCCUGUGCAUCACAUCUGGAAGCUGCAGACCUCGACGGCCACAAAGCUGGCAUUGUAUGGUAUAUUCGGAAUGGGAUUAUUCAUUUCCGCCAUCACCAUCAUCCGCAUCCGCGUCCUCACAACCGUCGACUUUGCCGACCUUUCUUAUAGCAUGAUCUGGGCGGCCUUCUGGAGUGUCGCUGAACCUGCUCUCGCCAUCCUCAACGCCUGCGUCCCCAUGAUGCGCCCGGUUUUCAAGGCCGCCUUUCCCGGUGUCUUCUCGUCGGCCAAGGCGGCGUACUCGUCCCAGACUGGGGCGCAGUCCGGGGCAUCGGCGCGGGCGUUCCAGCGCAUGCGCGAUACCGAGAGCGAAUUGCCGUUGACGCAGCUGGAGCCCUCGUCGAAAAGUGGCAGCCGGGGACAAGAUUACGAGGUCUCAUUGAAUGGGGACCAGCGGUCGCAUUAG